AUGGAUAGUAACUAUUCAGCUAUCCCCAAGAACUCACAUUUAGAAUUGCAAUCACGAUAUGAUUCUGAAAACCCAGCAGUUCCUCCCAAAUCCCAUGUCAAAUUGUCCUCUUUUGAUGAGGAAAGCUUUCUAGAUUCGAAGAAUUUAAAUGGGCAGGAUGGUGGUGAUGACUUUGAUGAUAAUCUUGAUUUUGAUAUUGCUAGUUAUCCCCUUAUUGUUGAGGGGUCUAAACAAGGGUCUGGAAUCUCUGGGGCCGUGUUUAAUCUCACCACUUCUAUCAUUGGGGCUGGGAUUAUGGCUUUGCCUGCUACCAUGAAAGUUCUUGGCUUGGUUUGGGGUUUUAUCUUGAUAAUUUUGAUGGGUAUUUUGUCAGAAAUUAGUGUUGAAUUGUUGGUCAGAUUUUCAGUUUCGUGUAAGGCCUCAUCGUAUGGGGAGGUUGUCCAAUGUGCUUUGGGGAGACCGGCAAGGAUCUUAUCGGAGAUUUGCAUAAUUGUCAACAAUGCAGGCGUGUUGGUGGUGUAUUUGAUAAUUAUGGGUGAUGUUAUGUCUGGUUCACUUCAUCAUAUGGGGGUUUUUGAUCAAUGGUUGGGGCAUGGGGUCUGGGAUCACAGAAUGCUUUUGAUUUUUGCUACGGUGGUGGUUUUUCUAGCACCACUUUGUGCCUUGGAUAAGAUUGAUUCCUUGAGCUUGACUUCAGCUGCAUCUGUAGCUCUUGCAGUUGUGUUUGUUGUGGUUGCUUGUGGCAUUGCGUUUAUUAAGCUUGUUGAAGGGAAAAUCGAGUCUCCAAGGAUGACGCCGGAUUUCGGAUCAAAAAAGGCCAUCUUGGAUUUGCUUGUGGUGAUUCCUAUCAUGACCAAUGCUUAUGUUUGCCACUUUAAUGUUCAACCUAUAUAUAAUGAGCUUGAAGGGCCGUCUCCUCAGAAGAUGAAUCGGGUUGGAAGGAUAACAACUGUUCUUUGCGUUGUGAUCUAUUCUUUGACAGCCAUAGCAGGGUAUCUACUCUUUGGGAAAGAUACAGAAUCUGAUAUUCUGACCAACUUUGAUAGGGACCUUGGAAUCCGUUUCAGCUCAGUGCUAAAUUAUAUUGUCAGGGUUGGAUACAUUUUUCAUUUGCUUCUUGUUUUCCCCGUUGUCCAUUUUUCCUUGAGGCAAACUGUGGAUGCCUUGGUGUUUGAGGGAUCGCCUCCACUCACGGAGAGUAGGAAGAGAUGUUUCAUAUUGACACUGGUCCUGUUGGGACUUAUUUAUUUAGGAUCUACCGUGAUUCCCAACAUUUGGACGGCUUUUAAAUUUACAGGGGCAACAACAGCUGUGUCAUUGGGGUUUAUAUUUCCUUCCCUUAUCGCAUUAAAGUUAGGCCGGAAAGGGGACGGUUUGAGCCUUGUAGAGAAGACUUUGUCAUGGUUGAUGUUAAUAAUGGCAAUAGCCGUCAGCAUUGUUGGAAUAAUUGGCAAUGUUUAUAGUCUCAGAAGCAAAUCUGAAUGA